UUUUCGUACAACUUUUAUUCUACAGUUACAGUACACGUACACGUACUGUACAGUAGUUGUAAAUCAUAAAAAAAGUGGCAUAUCCUCACUACGUGUACGUGUACUGUACAUGUAGUCUAGCUAGCCCUACGUGUAGUCGUGUACGUGUACACGUACCGGUAGUGCACAUACGUUGCAGGGCUACAGUUGAAGAUAGAUACCUGUACGAAGGUACAGUACAGCUUCGUCAAUUCACGUUAAUUCGCGUAGUACAGUACAGUACGUGUACAGUACACGUACGUGUACAGUGUACACGUACAGUAGAACAGUACCUUCGAAGUUACACUUAGAAAGUACUUUGAGUACAGUACAACGUUGUACGAAAGUACUUUCGAAAAUAAUACUUUCGUACUUUCUUCCGAAGUAAGCUUACACGUACAACGUACACGUGUACACGUACACGUACAGUAUUCUAUUUCCGUGAGGGUUGAACUGCAGGCUUACUGUACACGUACGUGUACAGAGAGAUGGGCGAAGCGCGCGCCGUCCCCGUCGCGUCCGCGUCGUCGUAUCCGGGCGCGAGCGACGCCGACGCCGACGCGGACGACGACGCGCGGACGCGAAGGCGCGCGGUGCCUCCGCUCGCGAUCCUCGCGUGCGCGGUCGUCGCGGUCUCCUCCGCCGCGGUCGCGUUCCGAGCGCUUCCCGACGUGCCUCCGCUCCUCCUCGCGUCGUGGCGACUGCAAGCGACGUCGAUCGUCCUCUUCCCCGGCUUCGUCCGCGACGCGAAGCGCGCGGCCGCGGACGAUAUCGAGCGCUUUCGCGCGAGCGCACCCGAACUCGUCGCGAGCGGCGCGUGCCUCGGCGCGCACUUCGGACUGUGGGUGUGGGGCCUCCAGACGACGUCGGUCCCGCACUCGCUCCUGUUCGUGUGCUCCACCCCGGUGCUGAUGUCCUCGUGCGCCGCGCUGCUCGGCUUCCCCGUCCGCGCACGCGACGCGAUCGCCGCGGGCGUCGCCGCGGUCGGCGUGAUCCUGAUCGCAGCGGACGCGAACCGUCGCGGCGACGAUUCGCACGCGUCGUCCUCGGCCUCGCCGAUCCGCGCGACCUGGUACGGCGACGUCCUCUCCGUCGGCGCCGCGUUCGCGAUGGCGGGACACGUCCUCGUCGGGAGACAGCUCAGGCCACGGAUGCCGCUCUUCGCGUACGCGUUCCCCGCGACGCUCGUCGCCGCGGCGUGUCUCGCGAUCGCGUCCGCGGUCAGCGGGGAGUCCUCGAGCGACGGCGGCGGCGGCGGCGGCGCGGGGUGGGUCCGCUCCCCGCGCGCGGCGCUCGUCGUCUGUUAUCUCGCGCUCGGACCGGGUCUCGUCGGUCACGGCGGCGUGAACGCGUCGCUGAAGCAUUUCGACGCGAUGACUAUCGCUCUCGCGCUGACGCUCGAGCCCGCCAUCGGCAGCGCGAUCGCGUACGCGUGCGGAUACGCGGUGAGACGGAACGGACGACGUCCCGCUCGGCGCUCGGCCAUACUCGGCUCGGCUCGGCUCGGCUCGACUCGGCUCGGCUCGGCUCGACUCGCGCGUCGUCGUCGUCGUCGUCGUCGUCGUCUCCCGAGCGCUCGGUCGUCUUUUCCCACUCCGCGGUCGUUUCUGUUUCUCUUCGCCCGCCGCGCUUCCCUUUCGACGAACGCUCGACCGGCGAGACGUUCGACCGACGACUGA